CCGCAGUCUCAGGGCGCAUGCGCAGCCCGGGUCAGAGGUCACGGGGAAGGUGCCCGGCGUGGACGCGGUGGGCAGGCGGCGAUGGGCCGGCCAGAGGUCGCAGGUCACAGGCUGGGAGGGUAUAGUUGAGCCCCCGCCAAGGGCCGGGCUCUGGACCUGCUGCCCGAUCCCCACUGUCAAGGACCCCCAUCUCAGGGGUGAGAAAACGGUCAGGUGACCUCACCUGCCCGGGCUCCCAGAAGGACGCGGUGCUGGGAGCGGACCCUGAACCAGGGGCUCGUUAAGCCUUCCAAGGAUUUGCCGCCCCCCACACCCUCCAGCUGUGACUUGGGCAAGCCCCUUCCCCCGACUGAGCUGUGACUUCUGCCAGUGCAGAAGCAGUUUCGGGUCGUGGGGACAGUGACGGGGGAGUGAGCCCUGGCACAGGAUGCGCUGCCUGAACUCACCCGCGCUGCUCCGGGCCCUGGCCCAGGCGGCCCGCGCAGGGCCUCCCGGCAGCCGGAGCCUCCAUGGCAGCACUGUGGUUGCCACCUACAAGUAUGUGAACGUGCAAGAACCUGUCAUGGACAUGAAGGCCGUGACUGACCGCGCUGCCCAGACUCUGCUGUGGACUGAGCUCGCCCGAGGCCUGGGCAUGACCCUGAGCUACCUGUUCCGGGAGCCGGCCACCAUCAACUACCCCUUCGAGAAGGGCCCGCUGAGCCCGCGCUUCCGCGGGGAGCACGCGCUGCGCCGUUACCCGUCGGGCGAGGAGCGCUGCAUCGCCUGCAAGCUGUGCGAGGCCAUCUGCCCGGCCCAGGCCAUCACCAUCGAGGCGGAGCCGCGGGCCGACGGCAGCCGCCGCACCACGCGCUACGACAUCGACAUGACCAAGUGCAUCUACUGCGGCUUCUGCCAGGAGGCCUGCCCCGUGGACGCUAUUGUGGAGGGCCCCAACUUCGAGUUCUCCACGGAGACGCACGAGGAGCUGCUGUACAACAAGGAAAAGCUGCUUAACAACGGGGACAAGUGGGAGGCCGAGAUCGCCGCCAACAUCCAGGCCGACUACCUGUACCGGUGAUGUGGCCCCCGGAGUCCGGCGGACCGCCUGUACCGGUGACGCAGCCACCGGCAUCUGGCCGACUGCUGUACCAGUAACGGCCCCCCGGUAAACCUCUCACCCCCGGGCGGCGGAGGUCGUCACCAUCGAUCGGAAGACCGUCUGUAGCAGUGACGUGGCUGCCCAGUGAACCUCUCUCCCCUGGAAGGCGGAGAUGGCUGCCGACAUCCUGCUGACCGCCUGUGCCGGUGACGUCCUGCCCAAUAAACUUCUC